AGAGGUAACCGGGACUCCAGCCAGAGAGGUUUCGGUGGCUCUUGUUGCCCCUUCCCGCGGCUAAACAUUGGGAGCCAUGGUGAACUUGGGCCUCUCCGAAGCCGCCGCCGCCACCGUCGCCGCCGCCGCCGCCGCCGCUACCGUCUCUCAAGAGUGAGGGGCGCGGACGAGGUGAACGUGGAGGCGGCGUCUGAAGUGGUGGGAACAGCAGCCACGAUGUCGGAUACGCGGCGGCGAGUGAAGGUCUAUACCCUGAAUGAAGACCGGCAAUGGGACGACCGAGGCACCGGGCACGUCUCUUCCACUUAUGUGGAGGAGCUCAAGGGGAUGUCGCUGCUGGUUCGGGCGGAGUCCGACGGAUCACUACUCUUGGAAUCAAAGAUAAAUCCAAACACUGCAUAUCAGAAACAACAGGAUACAUUAAUUGUUUGGUCAGAAGCUGAAAACUAUGAUCUGGCUCUAAGUUUUCAGGAAAAAGCUGGCUGUGAUGAGAUCUGGGAAAAAAUUUGUCAGGUUCAAGGUAAGGAUCCAUCAGUGGAAGUCACACAGGACCUCAUUGAUGAAUCAGAAGAAGAACGAUUUGAAGAAAUGCCUGAAACCAGUCAUCUGAUUGACCUGCCCACAUGUGAACUCAAUAAACUUGAAGAGAUUGCUGACUUAGUUACCUCAGUUCUCUCCUCACCUAUCCGUAGGGAAAAGCUGGCUCUGGCCUUGGAAAAUGAAGGCUACAUUAAAAAACUACUGCAGCUGUUCCAAGCUUGUGAGAACCUAGAAAACACUGAAGGCUUACACCAUUUGUAUGAAAUUAUUAGAGGAAUCUUAUUCCUAAAUAAGGCAACUCUGUUUGAGGUAAUGUUUUCUGACGAGUGUAUCAUGGAUGUCGUGGGAUGCCUUGAAUAUGACCCUGCUUUGUCUCAGCCAAAAAGGCAUAGAGAAUUCCUGACCAAAACUGCAAAGUUUAAGGAAGUUAUACCAAUAACAGACUCUGAACUAAGGCAAAAAAUACAUCAGACUUACAGGGUACAGUACAUUCAGGACAUCAUUUUGCCUACACCAUCUGUUUUUGAGGAGAAUUUUCUCUCUACUCUUACAUCUUUUAUUUUCUUCAACAAAGUUGAGAUAGUCAGCAUGUUGCAGGAAGAUGAGAAGUUUUUGUCUGAAGUAUUUGCACAAUUAACAGAUGAGGCUACAGAUGAUGACAAACGGCGUGAAUUGGUGAAUUUUUUCAAGGAAUUUUGCACAUUUUCUCAGACAUUACAACCUCAAAACAGGGAUGCAUUUUUCAAAACUUUGGCAAAAUUGGGGAUUCUUCCUGCUCUUGAAAUUGUAAUGGGCAUGGAUGAUUUGCAAGUCAGAUCAGCUGCUACAGAUAUAUUUUCUUACCUAGUAGAGUUUAGUCCAUCCAUGGUCCGGGAGUUUGUAAUGCAAGAAGCCCAGCAGAGUGAUGAUAAAAUAGAGAUACCAGCUCUUAACCUGGAUAAUCUCCGAACUCCAUGUGAUAUCCUUCUCAUUAAUGUAGUAAUUGAACAAAUGAUCUGUGAUACUGAUCCUGAGCUAGGAGGUGCUGUUCAGUUAAUGGGACUUCUUCGUACUCUGAUUGAUCCAGAGAACAUGCUGGCUACAACUAACAAAACUGAAAAAAGUGAAUUUCUGAAUUUCUUCUACAACCAUUGUAUGCAUGUCCUCACAGCACCGCUUUUGACCAAUACUUCAGAAGACAAAUGUGAAAAGGAUAAUAUAGUUGGAUCUAACAAAAACAGCACGAUUUGUCCUGAUAAUUACCAAACAGCACAGCUGCUUGCCUUAAUUUUGGAACUACUCACAUUUUGUGUGGAGCAUCACACAUAUCACAUAAAAAACUAUAUCAUGAACAAGGAUUUGCUAAGAAGAGUCUUGGUCUUGAUGAAUUCAAAGCACACUUUCCUGGCAUUGUGUGCUCUUCGUUUUAUGAGGCGGAUAAUUGGCCUUAAAGAUGAAUUUUACAAUCGUUACAUCACCAAGGGAAAUCUUUUUGAGCCGGUUAUAAAUGCUCUUCUGGAUAAUGGAACUCGGUACAAUCUGUUAAAUUCAGCUGUUAUUGAGUUAUUUGAAUUUAUAAGAGUGGAAGAUAUCAAGUCUCUUACUGCACAUAUAGUUGAAAACUUUUAUAAAGCACUUGAAUCGAUUGAAUAUGUUCAGACAUUCAAAGGAUUGAAGACUAAAUAUGAGCAAGAAAAAGACAGACAAAAUCAGAAACUCAACAGCGUGCCGUCCAUCCUGCGCAGCAACAGGUUCCGCAGGGACGCCAAGGCCGUGGAGGAGGAGGAGGAGAUGUGGUUCACCGAGGACGACGAGGAGGAAGGGAAGGCGGCCGCGGCGCCCGGGGAGAAGCCUAAGCCGGAAGAUGACUUCCCAGACAGCUAUGAGAAGUUCAUGGAAACUAAGAAAGCAAAAGAAAGUGAAGACAAGGAAAACCUUCCCAAAAGGACAUCUUCUGGUGGCUUCAAAUUUACUUUCUCCCACUCCACCAGUGCUGCUAAUGGAGCAAACAGUACAAACAGUAAAUCCGUAGUGGCGCAGACACCACCAGCAAGUUCUAAUGGAUCCUCUUCCAAAACUACAAACUUGGCUACAUCAGUAACAGCCACCAAGGGAAGUUUGGUUGGUUUAGUGGAUUAUCCAGAUGAUGAAGAGGAAGAUGAAGAAGAAGAAACAUCUCCCAGGAAAAGACCUCGCCUUGGCUCAUAAAACCUUUACUGGGGACCCUCCACAUGUGGUCUCACUAAAAUGCUGCAGCUGUUCAAUGAGCUGAAAAUCUGAAUCUGAAAGCUUUCUCACUUGAACUUACAAAUAUACAAGGAGUAGCAAAAGACACGCGGUGUUUCAGCUAGGAGCGUUUGCUUCUGUAAAAAACAGGCUUCCCAGGAACUUGAUCGCUUGCUAGUAAUUAAAGGGUUUGCCUUACAGGCUGUCAAAAAAAAAAGGUUAGUAACCAGAACCUGGGAGACAGCUUCUCAGCAAGGAAGCUCUCAGGUUUGGGGACGGUUUUAGGGGCGGGACAAGGUUGAUAAAAUAAUAUUAAUGCAGGGUUGCUCCAGGGGGGUGUCGAUGUAGAAGCAGUUAUAAAACUUCAGUUGAAAACCCAAUACUUGUCUAAUGGUGCUGGCCAUGUUGUUCUUUUAAUCAGUUGCCUCUUUUUAAAAGAAAUUUUUACAGAAAACAGGUUCAACUAUCAUAAAAAAAGAAGUCAAGCUGUUGAGACCAUUUCUUUGAAGAUUUAACAGAAAUUCAACCUUUCUAUAUAGUUGGAGGGAAGUACACCCUGUAUUUCAGCACAUGUUGCGUUUUCUACACCAGGAAUUUUCAUAUGUAUUUUGAUGAAAACAAACAAGCUGGAUUCAAAAUGGACAGUUUUGUUCAUGUAACUUUAAAAUCAGCACUUUUGGAGAUAACAGAUGCCAAGAAUCAGUACAAUAGUAUUCCAAAAUGACUUUCUGUAGAAACGGAAGUAGAUUGAACAGAAUGUUUUCAGCUGCCUAUCAGUACAAUCUUUUGUGGAAGAUACUUUGAAGUUACUUUCUGCUUUGUUAGGAAAUUUCUGUCUCCAGAGUUGCAGGCAAUUUUUAAAGUAUAAUUUAUAAAGACUAACAUACAAAGAAUAGUGCUGAAUUCAGCGGAAUUUAAUAUGUAGAGGCCAUUUUGAUCCAAGAAGUUAUUUCAUUGUCAGUAUGCAGCACAUGAAGCUUUUCCAUAAACAAACAAGGGUAUAAGUAAUACGAAAGCUGCUUUUUUUUUUUUUUUUUUUUUUAAGAGAAAAAGCACAUUCCAUGUACGUCAAUGAACUUAAAAUAAUAAGUUGAGGCAAACAAGAGGUUUUAUUUUUAGAACAAGCAAGUUAACUGUAAAUAUUUUAAUGCUAGUUUGCUCAUCUGUGAUCUGAGAUAAUGCUGAUAAAAAACAUCCCCCAAACUACAGUUUAAUGCAUUGGGAAAAAAAUAAAAAAUAGUAAUUCCAGCUAUAAUCUUCAGAUCACCCUUGUAAUGUGUUAUGGGUCCAUUUUUCUUGGAAUAGCAUAAACUAAAGCAGUUUUCCCUGUUUUGGAGAUUUUGUAGUUAAUUUUAAUUUUGGUUAUUAUUUGGAAAAGAUGGGCUGUUUGUGUAGAUAUGAAGUAUAGUUUUUCCAUAAAACAGAUGUUUAUUUUGUAUUAAAAAUACCACUGUACUUGUUUUACACCAUUUGUAUACAUGUGGUGAUAUUAAUGCUGAACUGUAAAAUUCAGGAAUUAAAAUGUGACCCUGUAAUUCUA